AUCACACAGGGAGUGCAAAACAAUCCCCACCCCACCCCAGCUUCAGCAGGCAGAGAACUCAGUGUGGGGCCAGGAGAACCAUCUCACAUCAGCAGCCAGAGAACUCAGUGUGGGGCCAGGAGAACCAUCUCACAUCAGCAGCCAGAGAACUCCGUGUCGGGCCAGGAGAACCAACUUUCUAUCUCACAUCAAAAGUACGAGAACUCAGUGUGGGUCCAGGAGAACCAUCUCACAUCAGCAGCCAGAGAACUCAGUGUGGGGCCAGGAGAACCAUCUCACAUCAGCAGCCAGAGAACUCCGUGUCGGGCCAGGAGAACCAACUUUCUAUCUCACAUCAAAAGUACGAGAACUCAGUGUGGGACCAGGAGAACCAUCUCACAUCAGCAGCCAGAACACAUCAGCAGCCAGGGAACCAAUAGGAACCAUCUGGAAUAAACUGUUAAACUGCCUUAAAUUCCCUGGGAGAUCUCACACACUAUUCCAGGUCCAUAGAACCAGCAAUGAAAGCAUCUCUUCCAGAGAGAACUCCACUGUUCAGUCAUGAACCCAAUGGUCCUGCGUACAGAAUUCCGUCACUCAUUUAUAUCAAAGAGGAGAACACAUUUGUGGCUUUUGCGGAGAGACGGAAGAACAAGGAGGACGUCAGUGCUGAAUAUGUGGUCAUGAGAAGAGGGAUUUACAAGACUGGAAAUGUGAAGUGGGAAGGAAUCCAACCCUUACAUGAAGCUACCAUGAAAAACCAUCGCACCAUGAAUCCUUGUUCAAUCUACGACGAGAACUCCAAAGUUUUAUUCUUGUUUUUUAACUGUAUACCUGAUGGAGUCACUGAAAAACACAUGAGGGUCUGGGGAAAUUCUUCAAAGUUGUGCUACGUCACCAGCAGCGAUUUUGGUAAAACGUGGAGUUUCAUCAAAGAUAUCACAGAAGUGACCAAUGGCAUUAGGAAAAUGACCACCUGUUUCUUGUCUCCAGGUCAUGGAAUACAAACACAAGAUGGGAAACUAAUUAUUCCUGCUUAUGUCUACAUUGCCAAAUUUUGGUUUAUAUGUUGGUGGUUUGAUGCAGCCCAUUCAUUUUAUCUCUACAGUGCAGACCAGGGUCAUAAAUGGGAAAUAUCUCAGCGUGUCAAAUACAAUAGUGGCGAAUGUGAGCUGGCGGAAAUAUGUGACGAUGGCAAAAACAUGCUUUAUUGCAAUGCACGAUCCACAAGUGUUAAACGAGUGGAAGCGCGAAGCCUAAAUAUUGGUGGAGAAUUUAAGUUUGUAGAAGAAAGCAGAAAGCUGGAGGAGAUAAAAGACGGAUGUCAUGGGAGUGUUUUAAGUUUCCUUGGGGGUGAGGAAACUGUGCAAAAUAACAAUCAUUGGCUAAUGUUUUCACACCCCAUAAAAGAUGAACGUAUAGAUCUUGGAAUAUUCUUGAACAAGUUUCCACUCAAGUCUGAUUCCUGGUCCAAGCCUUGGGUCAUUUAUGAAGGAUUUAGUGGCUACUCCAACCUUGUCGACUGCCAAGAAGCAAACACAUUUGCGGUUUUGUUUGAGGGUGGCGAUAAAACUCAUUAUGAACAAAUAUAUUUUUGCUUAUUUACCUUGGAAGAUGUUCUCGAAAACAUUAAGAAGAAGAAAAGCUUUUUUUCACGAUUUAAGAAAUAAUGUCGAGGUUGUUUUAUUAGAGCGGGGCCGGACGUAAUCUUUUAAAAAUGAUCGCACUGUGUGCAUUCUCAACAAUACAACUGUAAGAAAAUAAUGACUUAUGAAAAAUACUAAGCAGUAAAUCAUUUAAAAGGCAGACUUAUUCAAGCUAAGAGCCCAGGUAUAGGUUCUUAGAAUCUAUUGAUUACUAUUGUGAAUUAACUUGUUUCUAAAUUACGAAAGGGGUCAUAAAAUGAUAGAUAAAGAGAGCUACUAGUUAACAUGUUUAAUAACAUAUAAAGGAAGAUAUUUGUGGAAUAGUAUACCAAAAUACUUGCAUACUAGUCAGCAUGUGAAAAAAACAUGGAUAUUUCUACCUGCCUCAAUAAUAACACAUUUGUUUUGGAAACUAGGCCAUAUUAACCUAUAGUGAGGUUUCCUAUAAGAAUACACAGGAGCCUCACCUGUACAGCUGCAGCUCACUUCCGUUGAAGCAAUGGGCAGCUGUAUACACGUUGUGUAGGUAAGUGAAAUACACACCAUAGAAAAUAAGCAGUUUGUUCUGUUAACCUGUCUGGUGGAGUGGCCUUAAAGGACCACUAUAGUGCCAGGAAAACAUACUCGUUUUCCUGGCACUAUAGUGCCCU